AUGUUCAUCCUAUCAAAAAUUUCAGAUCUUGUAAGGAUUCCACCAGAUCAAUUUCAUCGAGAUACGCUAUCCUGCAUCACUCAUGAACUAAACAACAAAUACGCCAACAAAAUUGUCCCACAUAUUGGUCUCUGUAUAACGGUAUACGAUAUCCUUGAGGUGGAUGAGGGCCAAUUGAAACCAGGUGAUGGUGCCUCAUAUAUUAGUGUCAUCUUUCGUGGGUUGAUCUUUAAACCGUUCGUUGGAGAGAUAAUAACUGGAUGGAUCUCCAAGUGUACUGCGGAGGGGAUUAAAGUCUCGUUGUUAGGGAUGUUUGAAGAUAUAUUCAUUCCCAAGAAGAUGCUGUUCGAAGGGUGUUAUUAUUCUCCGGAAGAUUCUGCUUGGGUUUGGCCCAUGGAGGAAGACACGAAGUUGUAUUUUGAUUUGAAUGAAAAGAUUAGGUUUAGAGUGGAACAAGAAGUAUUUGUGGACGUGAAACCAAAAUCUCCAAAGGAAAGAGAAAUGGAGGAACAAGAGCAACAAUUGCAAUUACAAAAACAGGAAGAAAGAAAGGCAAAUGGUGGGGAUGUGAAAGAGGAACAAGAAGAAAUAGUGAAAGUAGAAAAACCACCUGCUUAUGCUUUAUUAGGGAGUUGUCAAACAGAUGGUAUGGGGUUGGUAAGCUGGUGGGAAGAAUGA